CCAUUAUAUUACAUCAGAAAUGGAACUCCUACCGAAUUGCGGAAGUGAUAGAGCGUGGGUAUGGACUGUUUUAUCUGACUAUGCCGAUGAAGAAGCCAAACCAGAAACCUUAGCCAUUAGAUUUGCAAAUUCUGAAAAUGCUCAGAAGUUUAAAACAAAAUUUGAAGAAUGUCAAACAGAUAUUGUCAAUAAUUUGAAAAAUGAAGCAAAUGAAACGGAUAACAAAGAAAAAGAGACCGAGGAUGUUGCUAAGCAAUUAGAAGAUUUAACAGUUAAGGAUAGCAACAAAGAAGAUGCAUCGGAGAGUAAAGACAACAAGGUGGAAGGAAAAACGGAUGAAAAAGAUAAGAAAUCGGAAGAUAAAACGGAGGUGAAAACAGAAGAAACUAAAGAUGAACCUAGUGAUGAUACUAAAGAGAAAAAAGAUGAAUCAUGAGUGACUUUGUAAACUACAUCCCAAUUGGUUGAUAGUCUCGUGCAAACAAACAAAUCGAUACUUAUUGACCAAUCCAGAAAUGUGUUGCAUCUGUGAUGUCAACUCAACUGAACAUUGUACAGAAUUAAAAAUGGAUGAACUGUAACCCCUUACCUGAUUGGUUGAGUGUAAAAAUGAACCUUUAUAUUGACCAAUGAUAAGAAAUCCAGUCAUAUAGCUUAUACUUAACAACAUGUGAAAAAUGCGAGAGAUGCGUUUUCUUCAAAGCUGUAUAAAGCUCCAGUAUCUUGCUAUUUGCAACUUAAUUUUGUACUUUUUGAGAAGAAUGCAAUCCUGUUCAAUUUACAUUUAGAUGUUAAAGUGGGUUGGGCCUUUUCCAACAUGAUCGCGUUUCAGUUGAUUAUAUAUUCUACUAUAGGUCAACUGUAGUACACUUUUGGAGAUGGAGGGUGGGGUGUCUGGUUCAAGGUCUUUGCUGUUGAACAGUUUACAUUGAAACUAUUUUGUUAAACUUAACUGCUGUCUCUAAAAUAAACUGAUCAGAAAAACUCCUCAUCAUUUACUUUUACAAUAUUGUGUGAUGUAAUAUUCUUGGGAACGUUUAUUGAAAGUGUCAAACACUGCUGGCAAUGUUCCUAGGAAUGUUUCAUUGAAAACGAGUUUUCCUGAUUAGUUUAUUUUAGCACCUGACGAAAUACUUGAUUCCAUCUGAUCUUAUUUCCUCUGCUCAUGGUAUUAUGCCCUUUACAUAUCUUGAACAUACUAUGAACAAACCAUUUUAAUUUCACAAGACAAAAUUUCAUGAGCCUUGGAAAAUCUCACUUGGAGGAGAACAAUUGUCCAGUAUUAUAAACCUGUAAUUUUGCAAGUCCUGAGAAAUUUAAGAAGUUUUCAAGUGGCGAGUUGAAAAUAUCAAAUUGCGAUUGUUUUGUGGAGUUAUCUGCUUGUUUAACUUUUUGGCAGUUUUAAAAUCGAUAAAAGCCUAAGCAUUUCAGUCUUUGCAUUCAUUGUCUUCGGUCAUAAUUUGCCAAAUUUUGAGAAAUAUAACUGUCUCCUUUCCAAUGCUUUUGUACUAUUACUACUUGUAUCUUUUUAGUAAAUUUGCGUAUUCUGUUUAGUUUAGCAUUCAGGUCAUUGUUAACAAUUCACGUAUUGUGUCUAUUGGGGGGGGGGGGGGUCCAGCUCAUCAUUGGCAAGUACAUGCAACUCGAUUCUGAAAGCAGUCAAAGGAUGGAUUUACAAAUGUUUCAGCUCGGCUUUACAACUACACACCGAUUGCAACCAUAAAUUUAGGCCCAGGAUUACGUACAGUGCUCUUUAUAUGCCCAGUUUUUAUUUAAAUUUAUUUUUGUUUAAGUUGUAAAUUGUAGAACCCUAGGUCAUUUAAAAUAAAGCUUUUCUUUUAUUACAUUGAUUAAUA